GGUUGUAAUGCCCAUGAUAUCCAGUGGAUGGUGCACUUGAGCCAGAUACAUAAAGUCUUAUGUACGUCGUGUCCGUCGUCCAGACAACGCCGUGUAAACUCCCAGUGCUUCCUGAGGACCAAAACACUGGCAUGUUGUGACCAGAGAAAUGACUGACAAUAUCAACAUGUCAUCGUUAUGACUGGGAGGGUUUCGAAACGAAACGUUUGAUAUUUGAAGAAAGAAAGAAAGAAAAAAAAAAAGUUAGAAGAAUCGUACAAAAGAUCUCUUACAAGAGACCCCACCGGGAAUAAGACGGAAUAACAAUGGGUUUGUUUGAUAAACUAGCCGGCUGGCUGGGGCUGAAGAAGAAGGAAGUGAAUGUUCUGUGUCUGGGAUUGGACAACAGCGGCAAGACCACCAUCAUCAACCAACUCAAACCGUUCAAUGCCCAGACACAAGACAUCGUCCCGACCAUUGGCUUCAGCAUAGAGAAGUUCAAGACAUCAAGUCUCUCCUUCACAGUGUUCGACAUGUCUGGCCAAGGGCGAUACAGAAACCUCUGGGAACAUUACUACAAGGAGGGUCAAGCCAUCAUCUUUGUGGUGGACAGUGGAGACAAGUUGAGGAUGGUGGUCGCUAAAGAAGAACUGGAUACACUGCUCAACCACCCAGGUGAAUCAUCCUCCUCAUUAUACACUCCUCAACCACCCAGACAUAAAGCACCGGCGAAUCCCCUUGCUGUUCUUUGCCAACAAGAUGGACGUGAGAGACGCCCUUUCUUCAGUCAAGGUGUCCCAGCUCCUCUGUCUGGAGAAAAUCAAGGACAAGCCCUGGCACAUCUGUGCCAGUGACGCCGUGAAAGGAGAGGGUUUACUAGAAGGUGUUGACUGGCUGCAAGAUCAAAUCAAAACGAUGAGAACGUGAGAGGUUGAGAGAACGACGCGACGGAGGGGGGGGGGGGGGGAAAUGCCAUCGUCUGGGUGGCGUCAUGGCAACACUGGAGUCCCUCGGGGGUUGACCCCAAUGGUGUAAAUUCUCAACAUGACUCCCACCAACCAUGCACACACACACACACACACGCCUCAGAAGAGUUGGAGCCAGCUAUGACCUUUGACCUUUAAACAUCAACCAGUCUGGAUGAAGGACUAGCCUUACCGACGGCCCCUGGAAAUAGAUAUUAUUUCUUCCAGUAAUUCACACAUCUUUGCCACCAAUUUGUCUUUUUUACCCUCAUUUCAAAUGACCCACUCUGAAUAAACCAGUUUUAAAUGGA